CAUCAGUGCACCGCCGCCGGGGCUGGGGCCGGGGCUGGAGCUGUCAUCGGAACUGGACGCGGCGGACCUGAAGCUGGGCCGGGGCGGAGCGCCGCGCUGCGCCGGGGCCGCAAGGAGGGGUGUGUUGCUGCCGGCCCACCAAGAGCCGCCCCCAGCCCGCGCCGAGGUGCCCUCCUGCCAGGCCGCCUGCCUCCGCCUUCCGCCUCCCUCCAUUUCCCCGGAAUUUCAGCCCAGCGCGCCUGCACCCCGGCCCUUCUCUGGGUGGGGAAGCUCCGGGCCGCUUUCCGGCUUCACUCCUUCCUCGCAGGCUGGGCUCCCAGCCCCCUCUCUUCUUUUCCUGGAUUGGCUCCCACCCCUUUCGUUCCCCUUCCUUUAGCUCGGGCUCCCUGCCCCUUCCCUUAGCUGAGUCCCAGCUCCUCAGUCACUUUCCUCAGCCAAGGGUCCCAGCCUUCCCUCCUCCUUUUCCUUGCCUGGGGUCCAGCCUAUCCUGUCCCUUCCUCUGUCUCUAGGGUGCAGUCUCUUCCCCCACCCCUUUUUCCAGGCCUGGAGUUCCAGACCUUUUAGUCUCUUCCUGUGGUCCUUUCUGGGUCCUUGUCCCCUUUCCCCAGUUUGGAGUUCUCCAUUGCAAACCCAGCCUCCCUCCAUUCCCAGAGAUCUGCUUCCACACAAUUACCUCUCUAAAACAUGAACUUUUCCUAGGAACUGCCCCAGACUGUCUCCUACCUGCUGACCCCUUGCUACCUAUGUCCCAGGUCUUACUCUCACUUUGCUGACAGUCAAGGCCUGCUGAGCCAAGGGAUCAGCAUGAUGCCUCUGUGGUCGGGCGUCUGUGGCCGCUCUCCCCCACGAAUCUUCCCUUCAUUGCUCAUGGUGGUAGCCUUGGUGGGGUUGCUACCGGUUCUCAGGAGCCAUGGCCUCCAGCCCAGUCCUACUGCCAGCACCAUCCGAGGCUCAGAGCCACCACGGGAACGCUCUAUUGGGGAUGUCACCACCGCCCCACCAGAGAUUCCCCCCGAGAGCCGGCCUGUUAAUCAUUCCGUCACUGAACACAGCAUGAAGACUCGAAAGGCCUUUCCAGUCCUGGGCAUCGACUACACACAUGUGCGCACACCCUUUGAGAUCUCGCUCUGGAUCCUGCUGGCCUGCCUCAUGAAGAUAGGUUUCCAUGUGAUCCCCACUAUCUCGAGCAUCGUCCCGGAGAGCUGCCUGCUGAUCGUGGUGGGGCUGCUGGUGGGGGGCCUGAUCAAGGGCGUGGGCGAGACGCCCCCCUUCCUGCAAUCCGACGUCUUCUUCCUCUUCCUGCUGCCGCCCAUCAUCCUGGACGCGGGCUACUUCCUGCCGCUGCGGCAGUUCACAGAGAACCUGGGCACCAUCCUGAUCUUCGCCGUGGUGGGCACACUGUGGAAUGCCUUCUUCCUGGGCGGCCUCAUGUACGCCGUGUGCCUGGUGGGCGGCGAGCAGAUCAACAACAUUGGCCUUCUGGACAACCUGCUCUUUGGCAGCAUCAUCUCAGCCGUGGACCCCGUGGCCGUGCUGGCUGUCUUUGAGGAAAUUCACAUCAAUGAGCUGCUGCAUAUCCUUGUCUUUGGGGAGUCCCUGCUCAAUGACGCCGUCACUGUGGUCCUGUAUCAUCUCUUUGAGGAGUUUGCAAACUACGACCGAGUGGGCAUCGUGGACAUCGUCCUUGGCUUCCUGAGCUUCUUCGUGGUGUCCCUGGGCGGGGUGUUUGUGGGUGUGGUCUACGGGGUCAUCGCAGCCUUCACGUCCCGAUUCACCUCCCACAUCCGUGUCAUCGAGCCGCUCUUCGUCUUCCUCUACAGCUACAUGGCCUACCUAUCAGCCGAGCUCUUCCACCUGUCGGGUAUCAUGGCACUCAUUGCCUCGGGAGUGGUGAUGCGCCCCUACGUGGAGGCCAACAUCUCCCACAAGUCCCACACAACCAUCAAAUAUUUCCUGAAGAUGUGGAGCAGUGUCAGUGAGACCCUCAUCUUUAUCUUCCUCGGCGUCUCCACGGUGGCUGGCUCCCACCACUGGAACUGGACCUUUGUCAUCAGCACCCUGCUCUUCUGCCUUAUCGCCCGAGUGCUGGAUACCAACAUGUGGCCUUCUCCCACCCCCCUUCUGACAUCCAGCCACCGGAGGCCUUGUGAUAUCUCUAAAGCACAUCCAGGUGUGCUGGGCCUGACCUGGUUCAUCAACAAGUUCCGAAUUGUGAAGCUGACCCCCAAGGACCAGUUCAUCAUUGCCUACGGAGGCCUGCGAGGGGCCAUCGCCUUCUCCUUGGGCUACCUCCUGGACAAGAAGCACUUCCCCAUGUGUGACCUGUUCCUCACUGCCAUCAUCACUGUCAUCUUCUUCACCGUCUUUGUGCAGGGCAUGACCAUUCGGCCCCUGGUAGACCUGUUGGCUGUGAAGAAAAAGCAAGAGACAAAGCGUUCUAUCAACGAGGAAAUCCACACACAGUUCCUGGACCACCUUCUGACAGGCAUCGAGGACAUCUGUGGCCACUACGGCCACCACCACUGGAAGGACAAGCUCAACCGGUUUAACAAGAAGUAUGUGAAGAAGUGUCUGAUAGCCGGGGAGCGCUCCAAGGAGCCACAGCUCAUCGCCUUCUACCACAAGAUGGAGAUGAAGCAGGCCAUUGAGCUGGUGGAGAGCGGUGGCAUGGGCAAGAUCCCUUCUGCUGUCUCCACUGUCUCCAUGCAGAACAUCCACCCCAAGUCCCUGCCUGCCGAGCGCAUCCUGCCAGCUCUGUCCAAGGACAAGGAGGAGGAGAUUCGCAAAAUCCUGAGGAACAACUUGCAGAAGACCAGGCAGCGGCUGCGGUCCUACAACAGACACACACUGGUGGCAGAUCCCUAUGAGGAGGCCUGGAACCAGAUGCUGCUGCGCAGACAGAAGGCCCGGCAACUAGAGCAGAAGAUCAACAACUACCUGACGGUGCCGGCCCACAAGCUGGACUCACCCACCAUGUCGAGGGCCCGCAUCGGCUCAGACCCCCUGGCCUAUGAGCCGAAGGCCGAUUUGCCUGUUAUCACCAUCGACCCCGCCUCCCCGCAGUCUCCCGAGUCUGUGGACCUGGUGAACGAGGAGCUGAAGGGCAAGGUCUUGGGGCUGAACCGGGAUCCAGCAAGGGUGGUGGAGGAGGACGAGGAGGACGAUGGGGGCAUUGUGAUGCGGACCAAGGAGCCCUCCUCCCCAGGCACCGAUGAUGUCUUCACCCCUGGACCAAGUGACAGCCCCAGCUCCCAGAGGAUACAGCGCUGCCUUAGUGACCCAGGUCCUCACCCUGAGCCUGGGGAGGGAGAGCCUUUCAUCCCCAAGGGGCAGUAGCGCUGGAGUCAGUGGGCAGUGCCCAUCCCACCACAGACUCUCCCACCAGAACAGGGGCUGCUGGGGGAGCUGGGGACUCCCCUCGUCCUUCCUGACCUGGAUUGGCCCUGCCCCUCCCUCGACCGCAUGGCAGCUGGGCCCACAGCCCCAACCGCAGCACGGCUUCCCCUGCCUCCUGGGAAGCGCCCUCCCUCCCACCAGAACUGCCUUCCCAAUCCAUUUGGCAGAACUGUUGGGCUGGGAGGCAGAUUCUGCCCCUUCCUGAUCCAGGCUGUCUCCCAAACCUGGCCCAGGGCCUCUGGGAUUCCCAGCCCUCAGAGGCCUGCCUCCUACUCCAUCGCCCUUCUCAUUCAAACCAAUCUUAGUUCCUAACCAAAGAGCCUCUGGCUCAGUCUUGGUCCCACCUGGAAAGGGAAGGAGCCGAGACCUUUCUUGGCCUAGGCUGGGCCCUGCAUUAACAGUGGGAAGACUAGGGGACCAGGUAUCUGACUGGGGUACGAGUCAGUGACACACGGCAGGCCCACCCUCCUCCUGCUGGCUCUGUCACCUGGCCAGCCACCCUGACCUGUCUUCACUCAGAGCUGCAGGCCGAGGGCAUAUCUGAGCUUCCCUGACUGGAGCUGGGGCACUUUGGACAGUGAUGUGACUUAGCUUUCCAGACUGCUUCCCCAGGGACCACCAGACCCUUCAGGGGCUACUGUCAGGGGAGGAACUGUCAGGGGAUCCAGAAAGUGCUGCCUUUUUAUCUGUUUUGUCUGUUCACACUCCGUGUAUGAUUCAGUUUGCACAGAGGGCAUUCCUGUUUUUAAAACAUUUUGAACACCCCUGAUUGAACAGAGCUCUGGCCCUCCUACUCCAGAGCAUUACCCCUCCUCGUUUGUGCCUGUCUGCCCAACACUCUCCCCCAGAUCAGUCCUCUGCCUCCUGGGCUCUUAAAUGUGGCCCCAAGGCUGUGAUUUUAGAAGUGACCACACACACAUCCCGAUUCAUGAUUCUCUCUAACUCACUGAUGCUGGGCCUCCUGGCACCUCCUUUGCUCUUGGGCCUGACCCUCAGUCCCUGCUGACCUGUUCUUUCUCUCAUUCCCCCCACCCACCCCCUAGGCCCCUGGACCUCUUACGUGCCCCCAGACUCCCCCUCUUAUGUGCACCGCACCCAGCUUGCUGUGGAGCCCAGCCCUUGGGGGAGAAGGCCUUCCCCCAGCAUCUCCCACCCCACCAGGGCGGGUGGUGGGCAGAGUCCUGGGCCCUUAGGGGCCUUUGCUCACAGGCACACACUCCCACCCCCACUGCCACCAUGGCCAGGCCCAGGCCUAUUGGUGUCUGUCCUUCCCCAGGAUUGUGCAAUAGUCAGAGUGCCCCUCUUCCCAGCGGACUGGGCAGUGGGUGCUCAUCUGUCCCCCUCCUCUCCGUGCAAGUGCUGUUUUGGGCAGGAGUCCCCAUGCAAGGGUGACAUUGACAACCAUGUUCAAAGCCACCACAGCUGCUGCCGCUCUGCUGCCUGUACAGAAGAAACCGAAUCUUUUUCAUAUUCUAAUAAACACGUGUGAGUUUUUAUACA